AUGGACCGUGGGAAAAAGAGGCAGGUGCCCACUCCCUCCAGCCUCAGUCAUGCCGAACAUAGCUUGGCUGCACUCUAUGACCUUGCGUGGACGGACCAAGGAGAACGCAUGCUGUUCCACAAGGAGCCUGUUUGGCGCGACGAGUACAAGAUGAAGGAUGUCAAAGUCCGAAAACAUACGAAUAGUCUGAAGGCAAAUGAGACUUCAGGUGUAGUCGUGGAUGUUGACUUGGAUUCACAGUACAACCCCUUCAAGACCAACGCAGGACGGCCAGCAGAGGUGGAUGGUACAAUAGUAUCAGGUGGACCCAGUAUUGUCUAUAUUCUUCCACUGUGCUUCCUUGCUCAUAAGCCUGUUGUCUGGCGGACUCAUGCGAAGAAUGUACUUGCCUUCGUCGAGGAAGGAGUCUAUUCAAUUCCGCUCGACGAGCGACUGCCACCUCACGUUCCCGAAGAUGCCGUCAUCCCAUCUAAUUACAAUCCAAGCUGCAAAUUGCCUGACAUGAAUUUGUUGACACAACUUCUCGUGUUACAAGACAUGAAUGUUUAUACAGACGAGGCUAACGAAAGCAUGCUAGAACACGUGUAUUGCCUUACUGUGAUAGGAUUAUUGCCACAGUGCAAUAUGCGAGAGGCACAACCUGGGCCUGUCCUUGUAGGUAGACGCCCAUUUAGACAGCAGCUGCUCGUCUUUCGCGAGCAUGUGGGGUUUUUCUCCGACGUAGCCAUCAUAAAUUUCUACCUUUGCAAGGCUUUCGACUGA